UCUUGGAACUUAGAGCUGUAUUUUAUUCCCCUAACUACUAACCACACUAUUUAUCAAACAUGUCCGACAAAACUGCGUUGGUUACCGGAGCCACUGGUCUACUUGGUAGACAGGUUGUGAGGGCCUUUGAAAGAGAAAAGUGGAAUGUUAAAGGGACGGGCUACUCUCGCGCUGAUGGAUCAUCGAUCCUCAAGGUCGAUCUAGUAAACGCAGACCAAGUUGAGGCCACCCUCGACAACGUCAAGCCUCAAGUUGUAGUACACUGUGCCGCAAACCGAUUCCCCGACAAGUGCGACAAAGACCCUGAAGGAACCCGCGCCUUGAACGUCGAAGCUACCAGGCGACUAGCUUCCUCAUGUGCCUCACGCGGUAUCUUGCUGAUCUACAUAUCUACCGACUACGUCUUCCCGGGCAGGCCCGGCGAGGCGCCGUACGAGGCGGAUGCGAAACCGGAACCUACCAACUUGUACGGGCAGACGAAGCUAGAUGGGGAACGAGUUGUGCAAGAGGAGUACCUAGGCGCUGGGAAAGCAGGACUCGGUAUCGUCCUUCGUGUUCCCGUGUUAUAUGGUGACGCCGAGGUGCCGUCCGAGAGCGCUGUGAAUGUGCUUAUGGAUACUGUCUGGAAAGCGCAAGAACCAGGUGUUAAGAUCAAGAUGGACCAUUGGGCGCUUCGUUACCCUACCAAUACCGAAGACGUAGGACGGGUUUGUCACGACAUUGCCGUUAAAUACCUGGGCUCAGAUAAUCCAUCUAAGCUACCUUCCAUCUUACAAUUCUCAUCGGAGAGCAAGUAUACCAAGUAUGAGAUCUGCCAGUUCUUUGGCGAUAUCAUGGGUCUGUCAAUUGCGGCCAUUGAGCCUAAUACCGAAGGGAACGACCCGAACGCCUCGGUCCAGAGGCCGUACGACUGCCACCUCAGCACGAAGGCGCUUCAAGACAUCGGCAUUGACGUGGCCGCUCAGGAUUUUACCGGAUGGUGGAGGUGGAAUCUCAGAGCAUUCAGAAAAUAAGGGGCUUAAGACAUUCCACCUGUAAGGGGGUUCAAGCUUUUACUUGCUGAAGUUUUUGGCGAGAGCUACGUAUAAUUUCUUGAUUUGAGAAUGGCGAAAGCGCCAACUUCUACAUAAUGAGACGAGUUGAUUCCAUUUG